AUGACGGAUAAGUCCUCAUUCCUGAAGUUGCCUGAAAUUGUCAUGGACAACGUUUUGUAUCACUGUAAUUAUAUGGAAAUUGCUUCCCUCCGGAAGACUUGUCGCAGUCUCCGCGAGUUCGUUGACACCGCGAAACCUGACGGACGCGUGGACAAACUGAUGAUAGAUUGCGAUGCGUACAAAGGGAAGCUUCUUCUUCAAUUGGGAGAAAAAACCAUCGAGAUUGCCUAUACAAAAACGAUGGAUGGAUGUGGUAUUUUUGAUACCGGUAACUGGUUGUGGUCAAGAUUAUUGAAGGGAGAAGAUCAUAUGGAAUUGCUCAAAAAUGACUUUAGUGUAUUGUUGAGACAUCAGAAAAGUCUCAUGCAGGAAAUGGAGAUCAAUGGAGAACCAGCUGACAUUGAGCAAGUUCUCAACAUCUUGAAAGCUCACUCGGAGAAUCCAAAAACUCGAAAAUUCCCAUUGAAAACUACUAAACUUUCCCUGAUUGAUUUAUCAGCUCCUCAAAUUCUUCUGGCUCUCUCUUCUGUUGAUUCACAAAGUUUGCGUUUUCUGUCAAUCAGUAGCAAUAAACAAAAUGUAUUGUUAGAUCAAAUCACUGAAACAGAGCAAUGGAGGCGUUUGGAUCUAAACGAUAUCAAAAUCACUGUUACGACGGCCUUCCUCAACUCCCCCAACUUUUCUUCGUGCAAAAUCCAUUAUGAUAGUAUCGACAUCGAUAUAGCAGCGACAUUCGGAGUUGACGGAGAUGACGGAGACAAAUGGUUUUUCCGUAUGCCUAACGAUGAGUCCAGAGUUUUGUAUUUGGAUGUAGAGUCGCACGAAUAUGUUGAUAUUGGUUAUCAAGAUACUGCUAAAGUGCCAACAGGUGCUGUGAUCAUUCGUUGA